AGUUGAUAUUUUGCGACCUUCCCGGCCGAAGCCCUGCCGAAGUCCAAAGCCCCAAACCAAUGUCCUCCUCCUCUACCCCUUCCCCGUCGCCGUCCCGCCUCGUGCCGCAGCUCCUUGUCGCCCUCCUCCAGCGCCGCCGCUUCGACGAGGCGCUCCGCCCGUCCCCCACCUUCCGCGGCUUCUCCCCGUCCUCCAUUGCCGCCGCGCUCGCCGCCAUCCCGCGCCUGAUCCUCCCGCGCUCCGCCGGCCGCCUCUGCCCGCAGCGGCCCUUCCCCUCCCCGUCCUCCUCUUACCACCGCCGCGUCUCCGCUGCGCUCACGCUCGCCUUCCUAAACUGGUCUCACUCAGAGGCCAACCCGCACCCGGUCCCGCUCACUGAGGCCCCGCUCCGCGCCGCCGCGCUCUCGCUCGCCCGCGCCCGCGCGCUCCCGGCGCUCUUCGGCCUCCUCCACGAGCACGCCCCGCUUGUCUCCACCGCCGCGCUCACCGAUGUCAUCCGCGCGCUAGGCGAGGAGGGCCUCCCGCGCGAAGCGCUCGCCGCCUUCCACCGCGCGCGCCAGCUCCGGUGCUCCCCGGACGCGCAGUGCUACAACACAUUGAUCGCUGCGCUGUGCCGUAACGGCCGGUUCAAGGAGGCCAGGUUCCUGCUCGACCAGAUGGAGCGCCCGGGCGCCCGCUGCAAGCCUGACUCCUACACGUACACGGUUCUCAUCUCCUGGUACUGUCGGAUCGGGGUGGGGACGGGGUGCCGGAAAGCCACUAGGAGAAGGAUCUACGAGGCCGGGAGGCUAUUCCGGAGAAUGGGGGAGAAAGGGCUGGAGCCAGACGUUGUGACCUACAACUGUUUGAUCAAUGGCUUGUGCAAGACGUACCGGGUGGAGCGUGCACACGAGGUGUUUGAUGAAAUGUUGAAGAAGGGGUGCGCACCAAACCGGGUGACAUAUAAUUCGUUUGUGAGGUAUUAUAGUGUGGUGAAUGAGGUUGACAAGGCUGUUGAGUGGAUGAGGGAGAUGGUGGCGAGGGGGCACGGGGUGGCAACAUCAAGCACAUAUACGCCUCUUAUCCACUCACUAUACGAGAGCGGGAGGGUUGGGGAUGCAAGGCGGUUCCUGAUUGAGAUGGCAGAAACUGGGCAUCUGCCGAGGGAACACACUUACAAGCUUGUGAAGAAUGCAAUUGAGGAGGCUGGUGAGGAGUCCUUGCCGGCACAGCUGUGUCAAUCCAUCGAUGAUGGCAUCAAGGAAAGAUUUGAACAUGUCAUGCGGUUGAAGCCUGUAAUGCGACCAGUGACAAGAUAAUUUAGGACCAACUUUGAGCCAGUGACAAGAUAAUCUAGGACCAGCUUUGAGCUUAUGCAAACUUAAACUAUGAGAGAGGUUGGUCCUGCAAGCAAAAUGGCUUUGAUUGAGUUGUCUAAGGGCCGUGCCAAUAAUGUAAGCUGCUGCAGACUGACCCAGAGUCCCCUGGGAAGGAGGCUUUGCUGAAAUUGAAAGAGCCUUGCCCCUGAGAGUACAUUAUGGUACCAGUGAAAAAACACUGGAUGGUGGUGAGAAUAAAGCCCAAAAUGCCACCAGUCAAAUGAUCCUUUGAGACAAAAUGAAGGGGAUUUAUGCAUAAAAUAACUAAUACUAUCUGGGAUUCUCCUCACAGUUAACUCGGGAACAAUUGCUAUGCUACAAACCUGGCAUGUCUUUUGCUUACAAGUGGUUAGGAUCUGUAUUCCUGUACAUUUUUACGUUCAUGUAGUUUGCAGCAUGACCAUAUUAAGAAAUUACAACGUCGUAAAUUUGAAAUUUGUAUUUCCUGUUAUCUAAAAGGUCAUAAUGCCUCCUGAUAUUGCAAGUGCAACUUCCCUGUUCCACUUC